AUGGCAGAAUCAAGUAAUACAGCCACGACAGUGUCGUUGACACCAGAACAGUUCGAGAGGUUGUAUCUGUCAUCGUCGUCGAACAAAACAAGGGACUUUCGUGCCGCCUUUGGAAAUCCAACGCCUUUGUAUGUAUUUGCUGCUUGGACAAUCAUGGAUGGCAAAGCUAUUCUGGGCUUAGUCAUAAGUUUAGCUCCGCUCUCUUGCGAUCUCAUGGGUUGGAGAGGAGCCGGCGUGCUCGGUGCUGCAUCCACGGGUGUUUAUUACUUCGCCGGUGGACUUUUGAUGAUCGUCAGUGGCCUUCUGGAGUUCUUUCUAGGCAACACAUUCCAGUUCAUCUUGUUCUGUGGCUAUGGGAGUUUCUGGCUAGCCUUGGGUGCGACUCUAACGCCUUACUUUGGAGCCUACGAGCACUAUUCCGCCGAUGCGACCAAUGCAGCAGCAGGACUAUCAUCCAGGAAUCCAGGCUUUUACUUGGUCUUCAUGGCAGUAUUCUCCUUCCUGGCUUGUAUCUGUGCGCUUCGAACAAACCUUUGCUACACCCUCCUCGAAUUCUUUGUCUUCCUCUUCUUCGCCCUGCUCGCCUCUGCCUUCUUCCGGAUUGCCGAUGACGGCUCAAACGCCAAGAAAGUACAGAAGGCUGCUGGUGCGUUUGGCUUCGUGGCUUCGAUAUUCGGAUGGUACUUCUUCUUUGCAUUGACCCUGGUCUCGGUGAACUUCCCGAUCACGCUUCCUGUCGUUGACUUGAGUGGUUUGGGAAGUCGAUCAUCUAAAUCAGAAAAAUCACCUGCGGUACCUGAAGAUCCGGCAACCAACGGUCAUCAUGACAAGGAAACCGUCUAG